AAGAAUAACGAACCACCUUGACAACUGCACCGAGCUUGUCAACGAGCAACGAUAUUCCUUCGAGGGCGUCGUCCAACCUAAAUAGGUCGGCCGGAAAGGGGGUUUCGUGUCAUUCCUAAACGUGGAAAGGGGACCCCGAAAGACGGGGGUUUAUAUCAUCGGGACGGCAGAUGUCAGGAUGCCGGAGCAGAGCAAUGACUAUCGUGUCGUCGUGUUUGGGGCGGGUGGCGUUGGUAAGAGUUCUCUCGUCCUACGCUUCGUGAAAGGAACCUUUCGUGAGUCCUAUAUACCAACCAUCGAGGAUACUUACAGACAGGUGAUAAGCUGCAACAAAAACAUAUGCACGCUUCAAAUUACGGACACAACCGGCUCCCAUCAGUUUCCCGCGAUGCAACGACUUUCCAUAAGUAAGGGUCACGCCUUCAUCCUGGUAUAUUCGGUAUGCUCACGGCAAAGUUUCGAAGAACUACGACCAAUUUGGGCUGUAAUAAGGGAGCUGAAAGGUCAAGAAAUCUCACAGAUACCGAUAAUGCUGGUUGGUAAUAAAUGUGACGAGAGUCCUUCGGUACGCGAAAUUCCGAUGAGCGAGGGUGCAGCGGAAGCGGCUAAUUGGGGCUGCGGUUUCUUGGAGACAUCCGCUAAAACUAAUCACAACGUUAAUGCACUAUUCCGGGAUCUUCUUACUCUUGAGAAGAAUCGUUCGGUUUCCUUACAGCCGGUGGAAAGUCACAAUGCGAUAAGCCUGAAGGAAAAAUGCGCGGUCAUGUAAUAAUUUCGUUAUAUAUAUAUAUUCGUUAUUAUUAUAAUUAUCGAUUAUCUCGAUACAUUUUUACUCAAUCCCAACGACUCCAUGUCAAACAAAUUAACACAAACAUCAUCAUCGUCGUCGUCAUCAUCAUUCUUUUUUCUCUCUCAUAUUUAAAUCGUGAUAAUUUCAUCUUUUAAAACGGGACACAGAGAGAUAAUAUUUUCAGUGAUAACAAGUCGUCGAAUUCCAUUUUAGUAUUAACUUUUUUCCAAUCGGGAGAUCGGAUUUUACACGAAACCUUUCCCAGUCGACCAAUUCAACAUCUAUCUCUCUUUCACCCUGUUCUCUCUCUCUCUCUCUCUCUCUCUCUAUCUCUCUAUCUAUUUAUCUAUCAAUCUAUCUAUCUAUUUUUCAUUCCCAUUUUCAAUACUCUUUCUCUUUUUUUCACUGUCUAUUCAAAGAUUAUUAUCCCUUCAUUUCCAUAUAAUUUAGAAUUCUCUAAACCAAAAUCUAAUACGAGCUUAAUAAUCGUGAGGGACGCAAUUAUGAAUACAAAAUUAGUAAUACCUUCGUUGAUAAUGAAAAUCGACAUUUUAUAUAUUAUGAUUCUCUCUCUCACAAUCACACUAUUUCUACAUGUGAGUAAUGCGAGCAUAUAAAAGAACACAUUUCUGUCUUUAUUAUUAUUAUUAUUAUUAUUAUUAUUAUUAUUAUUAUUAUUAAUAAUAUUCUUCUUCUUCUUUAUCGAUUU